AUUUACAUUGUGCUGCGGUGGUUUUCACAUAAAUUCGGCGGCUUGGGAGUUAUUGUAGUCUGGAGAGGACUUGAAAGAAAACAAAAAGAAGACAAACGCAUCAUCGACUUCUUUAUUUAGUCAUGGAGAAAAAGAAGCUGACAAUCAACUUCGGUGCCGGCCCUGCUAAAAUCCCCCCAUCAGUAUUAUUAGAGGCCCAGAAUGAUCUACUGGAUUAUAAAGGACUUGGCAUUAGUGUUCUAGAGAUGAGCCACAGGUCGUCAGAAUUCUCAAAAAUACUACAUACAACAGAAAACCUUUUGUGUGAACUACUGAACAUUCCACAGAACUACAAAGUCAUUUUUCUCCAGGGAGGUGGUUCUGGCCAGUUCAGUGCUGUGCCCCUCAAUCUGAUAGGACUUAAGAAGGAUCACUGUGCUGAUUAUGUAGUGACCGGAGCAUGGUCAGGCAAAGCAGCAAAAGAGGCUGAGAAAUACGGCAAAAUAAAUACAGUUUUCCCUAAAAUGGACAGUUACACCAAAAUUCCUGAUGUCAGUAACUGGAGUUUGAACCCUGAUGCCUCAUAUGUAUAUUAUUGCUCAAAUGAGACAGUUCAUGGUGUGGAGUUCAAUUUUAUACCAGACACAAAAGGAACAACACUUGUUUGUGACAUGUCAUCGAAUUUCCUCUCCAGGCCUGUGGAUGUGUCUAAGUUUGGACUUCUGUUUGCUGGUGCCCAAAAGAAUGCUGGCUGUGCUGGUGUGACUGUGGUCAUAGUGCGUGAAGACCUACUGGGAUAUGCCGCCAAAGAGUGUCCUAUUAUACUUGACUAUAAAGUACAAGCUGGAAUGAAUUCAUUAUAUAACACACCGCCUUGUUUCAGUAUCUAUAUAAUGGGAUUGGUAUGUGAAUGGAUUAAGAAUAAUGGUGGCCUUGAGGCAAUGGAGAAACUAAGCAUUACCAAAUCCAAACUACUUUAUGACAUAAUUGAUGAAUCCAAUGGAUUCUAUGUAUGUCCUGUCGAGAGCCAAAGCAGAAGCCGAAUGAAUAUAUUUUUCCGCAUAGGAAGUAUUAAUGGAGAUGAAGAAUUAGAAAAGAAAUUUUUGGAUGAAGCUGCAAAAAGAAGCAUGUUAAGCUUGAAAGGUCACAGGUCAGUGGGUGGUAUUCGUGCAUCACUUUACAAUGCAGUAACUGUGGAAGAAACAAAAGCAUUGGCAGAAUACAUGAUUGAGUUUAUGAAGGUGCAUCGAAAAAACUGCAUGUUGUAAAUAGUUUCAGUUCUGCAUGAAAUACUUGUGUUCAAGAGUCAAAACAUGUUAUAGAUUCCCCAUUUCCAAAUGUAAUGAAAUCAAGUGUUAUAAUCUUCUAUUCAUUAAGAAGAUACUUUUGAAAAUAUAGUACAUUACUGUGGUAUGAUGGCCAGUUUUUAUAUAGCUAUAGGAAAACUUACCUUUGUACCUUUUGUCUUUACAAGGGACCAAUUCCUAAUGUUAUUUUAUAGUUCACAUUUCACCCCAAUGUUUUCAAGAGAUAACAUUAUGCAGUUAUCACCUUCAAUAGUAGAGCACUUUUUCUUGCUUUUGCUGACAAAACAAUUAUUGUUUAUAAUUUGUAAAUAGUACAUGGUGUAUUUUUUAUUACUUCUUUUGUAAUGAUUUAUCCUAACUGUAUCCUAGCAGUGAUUUAUGUGGCACUUAUUAAAAUGUGAAACUACAAUGAAACACUAAUAAAUGAUUAAAAGUUA